AUGAAUUCGGAUAAAAAUGUUUACCUCGGCAGAGACAAAGGCAUCAUGCGGAAGAGAGCUUUGCUCCUUCGCAAGGGCUGCAGCUUCGAGAUUACCAGCUCGGCCUCGGAGGACUUGGGCUGCCGGCGCGGAGACUUCAGCAGGAAGCACUACGGCUCUGUGGAACUGCUGAUAUCCAGCGAUGCAGACGGGGCCAUUCAGAGGGCAGGACGCUUCAGGGUGGAGAACGGCUCCACAGAUGAGACUUUGGACUAUGCUCCCGGAACGUGGAGGAGAACUGACGUCCACCUGGAAAAUCCCGAGUACCAUACCAGAUGGUUCUUUAAAUACUUCCUCGGUAAAGUGCACCAGAACUACGUGGGCACGGACGCGGAGAAGAACCCCUUCUACCUGUCGGUGGUCCUGUCCGAUCAGAACAACCAGCGGGUUCCGCAGUAUCGAGCCAUCCUCUGGAGGAAAACGGGCACGUUGAAGAUCAGCCUUCCUUACAGUCCCACCAAAACACUAUCGGUCAAGUCCAUCCUCAGCGCGAUGAACAUGGACAGGUUUGAGAAAGGCCCUCGGGAGAUCCUUAACCCUGACAUUCAGAAGGAUCUGCUCGUGUUGGAGGAACAGGAGGGCUCUGUCAAUUUUAAAUUUGGCAUCCUGUUCGCCAAAGACGGACAACUCACAGAUGACGAGAUGUUCAGCAAUGAAAUGGGCAGCGAGAGCUUCGACAAGUUUCUGAAGCUGCUAGGAGACACCGUCACGUUGCAAGGAUGGGCCGGUUACCGGGGAGGCUUAGACACCAAGAACGACACUACAGGGAUCAAAUCUAUCUACACGGUGUAUCAGGGCCACGAGCUCAUGUUCCACGUGUCCACCAUGUUGCCCUACUCCAAGGAAAACAAACAACAGGUGGAGAGAAAGCGUCACAUCGGAAAUGACAUCGUCACCAUCGUAUUCCAGGAAGGCGACGACGCUUCGUCGUCCUUCAAGCCCUCCAUGAUCCGCUCACACUUCACUCAUAUUUUCGCGUUAGUUCGAUAUAACAGCCAGACCGACAGUUACAGGUUGAAGAUUUUCUCCGAGGAGAGCGUCCCGCUGUUUGGACCGCCUCUCCCGUCGCCGCCCGUCUUUACCGAUCACCACGAAUUCAGGGACUUUUUAUUAGUCAAAUUAAUCAAUGGAGAGAAAGCCACACUGGAGACGCCAACGUUUGCCCAGAAGCGUCAGCGGACCUUGGACAUGUUAAUCCGCUCGCUCUACCAGGACCUCAUGCCCGACCUGCACAAGGUGCCCUUUUCCCCGCAGAACAUGUUAAACCGCCGCUCCUUUAGCGAUGUGCUGCCCGAGUCGCCAAAGUCAGCGCGUAAAAAGGAAGAGGCGCGCCAGGCCGAGUUCGUCAGGAUAGGCCAGGCUCUGAAGCUGAAGACCAUCGUGCGAGGCGACGCCCCCACCAGCCUGGUGACCACCGGCCUGUGCAGAAGGGAGCCGUGGGAGUCUCAGUCCUUCUGCAUAAGCUUCCCUCACGAGAUGGUGUGCGCCGACUCGUGGGGGCAGUCGCUGCUGGUGGCCACUGACGCGGCGGGGGUUCUGUUGCUGGACGGCCCUGAACUGCCUUCAUCCAGCACAGAGGCUCAGAAUCUUCCACCGCCGGUUCAGGUGUUCGACAAGACGCUGCUGGUGAAGCAGAUGCACAUUCUCGAGCCUCAGGACCUGCUCGUCACCAGGGCGGACAAAGGCAAGGACGCUCGGCUGUAUGUGUUCCGACUGAGCACGCUCAGGAUAGGCUUGGAGGAGAGGCAGCUGCCCCGUAGCAAGUGUGACUGCCGGGAGAAUAAACUGGAGAAAACCAAAGGUUGCCAUUUGUACUCCAUCAACACGCAUCACAGCUCCGAGCUGAGGAUCGUGGCCGCCAUCCGGAACAAACUCCUCCUCAUCACGCGGAAACGCUUCGAAGGCUUCUGUGCCGUUGGAGGGGCCGACUCGCCCGUGGAGGAGUUUCAGUACAUACGGGAGAUCUGUCUGUGCGACCCGCCCGCGGUGAUGGCAUUGGUGGAUGGACCGACGGGCGAAAACGACAACAUGAUCUGCGUGGGCUACAAGCAUCAGUUUGACCUGAUCAACGAGAGCACAGGAGACGCCUACAGGCUGCACCACGUCGACGCCAACAGGGUCAAUUUUGUGACGGCUAUCGACGUGUACGAGGACGGCGAGGCCGGUCUGUUGUUGUGCUACAAUUAUGUUUGCUCUUACAAGAAAGUUUGUCCGUUCAAUGGCUCCACACCCAUGAUCCAGUCCAACACGUCCGACUUCCACUUCACCUGGAACCAGAUGCCCAACGCAAUCGUUUGCGCCUUCCCGUACAUCCUGGCGUUCACCACGGACUCCAUUGAGAUUCGCCUGGUGGUCAACGGGAACUUGGUAUACACAGCGGUGGUCCCGGAACUGCAGCUAGCUUCGUCACGAUCGGACAUCUACUUCGUGUCGUCGGCUCCGGUCAGCUCGGCCUCCAACUGCAGUUCCAGGGAGACGAGCUCGCAGACUUCCCCGCAGUCGCCCGGCAGUCACGAGAUGCCCGUUUUCCCUUCGCCGCUUGGGGACGAUUCUAUACGGAUCCCCUACGGUACCAAGCUCUCGCUGUACUUGGCAAAGGACGCCGAAGGCGAACUGGCGUGCAAGCAUAUCUUCAAGAUUCCUCUGUGCAACCUGGUGGGUCGCAGCAUCGAGAGACCCCUCAAGUCGCCGCUGGUCAACAAAGUGACGACGGCGCACAGCGUCGCCCAAGUCGCCGCCACCCCGUUGGUCGCAGCCACGCAUUCGCUGUCACUAUCGCGCAUGGAAAUCAAGGAGAUAGCCAGCCGCACCCGCAAGGAGCUUCUCGGGCUGACAGAGGAACCCGCCAGCAAACCGGAGAACAGCACGUUGAAAGCGAGGAAAACGAGCAAGAAGAACAUGUUGGCGGAGCCCAGGGAGAAAGCGCUUACGUCCACCAACAGCGACAGGUUGGACUCGGAGGCCGGCGACGCCGACUCAGACAUAGCGGCUACGUUAGAGGCUGAGCCAGAGACCUCGUUGCUCCGAGCCGACAGUCCGCCACCGCCGCCGCCGUCUCUCAGCGGCGCCUUUGCUCUCACCGCGUCCUUUGAGGAAGACAUUCUUGAUCUCAAGUGA